GUGAACAACAUCUCAACUGCAGAGAAAACGGGAUAUCUGUACCUGAGAGAAUGCACACAGAGAUACACACACAGAGAACGCACUGUGAGAAGCUUCCGAUUCCUGGAUACGUAGACAAGGGAGAGGUGAUCUGCUAGAGGACUGAAGGAGAAAAGAAGAUAAGGAGAGAAGAAGAGAGGAGAGAAGAAGAGAAGGAGAGGAAAGAACUGGAGACAGGAGAGAAGAAGAGAGUGUGUGACGGGUGAAAGAAUGUGAGAAAUAGUUACAACCAAGACGUGUGAGGGAGAUAUAAAAGGAAGAAGUUGGAGAUACAUAAGACCAAGACAAAUAAGGAAAUAAUGAGGGAGGGAGUGAGAGUCUGAGAUCGUGAAAGACAAGAGCAAAAUAAAGAGACUGUGAAAGAGUCACAGCUGAAAAGUGAGGGUCUGAGAGAAGAGUAAGGAAAGCGAUCAAGACGUCUGUGGAGUGAGUGACUGAGAACAAAGGCAAGUGAGAGAGAGAGAAGUGCCACCCUAAUCCUCAGUGGGACUCAGCCAGUAGUGUGGUGCGAUGGCGUCGUUUGCUCUGGAGCUAGUGGGUGUGAUCCUGUCAGUGCUGGGCUGGAUACUGAGCAUAGUGAGCUGUGCUCUGCCCAUGUGGAGGGUCACAGCUUUCAUCGGAGCCAACAUCGUCACAGCCCAGGUCUACUGGGAAGGGUUAUGGAUGAGCUGUGUGUUCCAGAGCACGGGACAGAUGCAGUGUAAGGUCUACGACUCCAUGCUGGCCUUACCCCAGGACCUGCAGGCUGCCAGGGCUCUUACUGUGGUCACCAUCAUCCUGGGGGUCAUAGCUCUCCUCGUGGCUACCAUUGGGGCUAAGUGUACCAACUGCAUCGAGGAGGAGGGGGUGAAGGCCAAGGUGAUGGUGUCUGCCGGAGUGGCCUUUAUCCUGGCUUCGCUGACCCAGAUAGUGCCUGUGUCCUGGUCGGCUCACACCAUCAUCCAGGUGUUCUACAACCCCAUCAUCCCCUCAGCACAGAAGAUGGAGAUCGGGGCAGCCAUGUCGAUGGGGAUGGAGAUUGUGGGCAUCGCCCUGGGAGUCAUAGGAUUCAUCCUGGGCAUCGUGGUCUGUGCUUUGCCCAUGUGGAGGGUUUCAGCCUUCAUCGGAGCCAACAUCAUUACAGCCCAGACCAUCUGGGAAGGGUUAUGGAUGAACUGUGUGACCCAGAGCACGGGACAGAUGCAGUGUAAGAUCUAUGACUCCAUGCUGGCCUUACCUCAGGACCUUCAGGCUGCCAGAGCCAUGACUAUCAUCGCCAUUGUCCUGGGGAUUCUAGCGGUGAUGGUCUCCAUCGUCGGAGCCAAGUGCACCAACUGCAUCGAUGACGAAUCCUCCAAAGCUAAAGUCAUGAUCAUCUCCGGAAUCUUCUUCAUCCUGGCCGGUAUCCUCGUCCUCAUCCCUGUCUCCUGGUCGGCCAACACCAUCAUCCGAGACUUCUACAACCCCCUUAUGGUCGAGUCCCAGAGGAGGGAGCUGGGAGCCUCACUCUACAUCGGCUGGGGGUCGGCGGCCCUGCUCCUUAUUGGAGGAGCCAUGCUGUGCUGCUCCUGCCCCCCCAGGGAGGAGAAGAGGUACAAGCCCCCCCGCAUGGCCUACUCCGCCCCUCGCAGCGUGAGUGGGGGCGCAGUGGGAUACGACAAGAAAGACUACGUCUGAGAGGAACUAUUUCACCUGCAUGAUUGAACGAGGGGAGAAAAGAUAGAGGGCAGGAAGAAGAGUGAUAGAGGAGAAGUAGACAGACAGACAGACAGACAGACAGACAGACAGACAGACAGACAGACAGACAGACAGACAGACAGACAGACAGACAGACAGACAGACAGACAGACAGACAGACAGACAGACAGACAGACAGAC